UAGUUGAUGACUGCGCUACCUCGUGACGCUAACAAACUCCAUAUGAACCUCUCCUGUCACAUAACCUCAAAAAUGUAUUUGACAGAUAGCUGGACUUGAAACCUCCCUCAAAAAGCCACAAAAACUCGAGACGUCAUCAUGGCAGAUGCCACCUGGAUCUCCAGUUCCCAUGACUGGACGCCGCGUCGUCUUCCACUGGAGGAGACAUUGGAGCAUCCUUUGAAACCCUCGAUCAUCUCCACUAUUGAAUCAGGUCGGCUGGGGCUCCGUCGAGGCACUUUACGCAGCACGAGCACCACGUCCUCCACAGGAACGCCGACCCCAACCCAUACCCCUUCCUCCCUGAUUGAUCCUCUCUCUAACCCGUCAACCCUCGAUGGCUCGGAUCCCCUCACUCAAUUCUCUAAGGAAGAACUUGAUCCUCUGUCCAAAAUGGCUGCUGACGAGUGGGACUACUCACCAAAUCUAGUGCCUCCAGGGAAGAAGCCCCGAGAUGCUCCCGAGGAUCACCUCCAGGAGCCCUGGUCUAUUUGGCGUUCUUCCAUCCUUGCCAAGUACACCACUUCGGAGAAGCUCACUAUCGUCACGUCAUUUCUCUCUGGAGGCGAGAAAGUCGUCAAAGUUCAGGCGAAUAUGCAACUGGACAAGAUAAAAACCCGUCUGGAGCAGCUGGACGACUUCGAGGAAGGCACAGUCCGUCAGAUGCUGGACCUGUCGCAGCAGGAGUAUGCCCUGAGGACUGAGCAGCUCAACAAUGAACUGGUGCAAGCCUGGCAUGCCGACCAGCGGGUGAAGGCACUGAAAAUAGCUAUUCAGUGUGCUAAGCUUCUAGUGGACACCUCCGCCAUGGCCUUCUACCCUAGUAAAUUCGUUCUCAUCACGGAUAUUCUCGACAUCUUUGGACAGCUCGUCUAUGAGAGGCUCAAGGUCAAGGCGGAUUAUUAUAAGCCCGGGAGUAAGGUUCCUACCAGUCUCCCUGAUAAUUUCACCCCGGACAUGGUGCCCGAAAACGCUAAGGAGACCUGUAGGAACUGGUUCUACAAGAUCGCCUCCAUCAGAGAGCUAGUCCCAAGACUAUACGUGGAGAUGGCCAUCAUAAAGUCUUACGGCUUCCUCACGACAAGCGAAUUCAACACAGCUCUAUUGAGAAUCACUCGUAUGAUAAGGGGAAUUGGAAAUCCUCUAAUUGCCGUUUAUGCUCGUUCCUACCUCUGCCGCGUGGGAAUGGCUCUUAAUCGAGACUCCGACUUCGUGAAGGAGAAUUUUUACGACUUCCUUCUGACGUACCACCAACUCUUCAGUCACUCAACGAAGAUGGAGCUCAGCCGCCAGAAUAUCUCUCUAUUUUCGUACUUGAACCUGUACACACCAGCUCUCGAUUGGAUUCUGCAGAUAAUGACCAGAUCGACGUGCUCAGAAAGCUUCCUGGGAGAGGUUCUUUCAAAAUGCAAGCAACAGGACAAUGGUGCCUUACUCCUGAACGCCGUUCUCGGCGCAUUCAAGCCUGCCUACGUCGCCACCAGGUGUACAGAAUUCGUGAAAUUAAUUUCCGACUGCAGUGACGAUGGCUAUCCCCAGUACAUCCUCUACAGAUCUCUCGGGGAAUGCCUAAUCCAGGAAUCCCCCUCCAAAUUAAACUGCCAGGAAGUUUAUGACGUUGUCUUCAGGUAUAUCAUUAACCUCACUGAUCCUGGAAAGUUCAUGCACUGCACCGAGGUCUGGAUUCAGUUUGUGGUGCAGCACUUUACGACGAAGGAGAUCAAUGACUACUUGGGAGAGAUCAUUUCUCACUUGGUUGCCAACCGAGAGUUUCAGCACUUCUAUCCCCAGCUUCAGGGAAUAGUCGACAGGAUUAUCUCGGGUUCGCAUGAGUUUGAGUCCCUGCUGACGAUGGAGAAUUUUCUCCCUCUGGUGGACCUCUUUCACAAGGAGUCCAUUAAGGUUGAGGUCUGCAAGAGCAUUAUCGAGAGGUUCACAAGUCAGAGUAAUGCUGGACCGAUAACAGAUCCCAUUAUCAUCAACGCCCUGAUGUUCAUCGCGAGGAUAAUGCACGAUUCAGUGUCUGCUUUGACGGUGGAUGACGAGAAGAGACAGAUUGGCAAUUUGAUAUGCCUUCUGGUGCAAAGGGUGGACUAUGGAAGGGACUUUGAGAAGCAGUUGAAUUUUUAUGCUGAAGCCAGAGCCGCCUUUCCUAAUCUCGAUUCUGUGCACGUACAGCUAGUGCAGUGUGUUAACAGACAGGCUGUUGAGACGAGGAGAAUCGUCAGGGGCCACCACACGAGGAGGACGUCGGCUUUCGUGAGGGCUUGUGCAGCUUUCUGCUUCAUCACCAUUCCUUCCUUGAGUCAGGUUCAGAUAAGACUACAAUUGUAUCUGCUCUCGGGACAAGUGGCAUUGCUAAAUCAGUGUCUGGGACAGGCGGACGCCUGCUUCAAGGCCGCUCUCAGCCUCGUCCCGGAGAUGGAGAAGGCUGUGGAUGUCGAUGGGAGGACCAAGAACUCUGAGCCUUAUCUUGUUUCUUAUCUAUCGAAUUUUUUGUCGACUCUUCUUGUCGUACCUGACAGCCCUGAACACGGAGUGCUGUACCUUAUGAGGGGACUGCUGAACGUCGUUCAAAGGUGCUUUGAGGAGCACAGUGGGAUGAAGCAGUUGGUGUAUCUGAGGGUCUUGGAUGUGCUGUCUGCAGUGACCCGGGAGAACUAUCCUUACCAUGUUGAUAAAGUGGAUUCUAAUGAUAAGUUGUAUGGGAGUGAUGAGAAGUUCAUCAAUGAGGUGAACAAGAUCUGUACGAAGGUGCUGGAGGAGCUACUGGAUCAUCUGAAAUAUCUAGGGGGAAAUGAUAUGCUUGAUAAACAGUCGAACUUCGCGAUGGAGGUGUUUGGGAGGUUUGUCAUGAGAGGUGAUCUACGACAUUCGGGGAUGGCAAACAUGGCGGUCAACUUGUGGAAUUUGUCGUUGAAACAUGGCUGUGUUGAUCCCAAAUUGAGGAUGCGAACUGUUGAGUAUAUGAAGAGGAAGAAGAGAUAUCUGGAGUUUGAACAUUUCGAGGAGAUCUUGAAGAGAAUGGGACAGUAAGAGGGACUGAGGUUGGAUUUGGAUCUUUGUAUAGAGAGGACGGAUCACUGGUGGGUGUGAGAGGUCAGGUGUAUAUCAUUAAUUAAGUACAAUGAAUCCGUCAGCGUUGAUUAAUGAAACUGAAUUGAUAACCUUAAUUAAAGACAAAACGGGAUUUCAUUAAUGUUCAAUUCGAGGUCAGGUUUGAACCCACAAUUUCCUGUGUGAGUAGGUAAAGACUCAACUCUGAUCAUUUUAUGGAGAGCUCAAAGAAAAUUAAUCACUAACGAAAA